CCCCGCCGGGCCGCGGCUCGGCUGUGCGCGGAGUGUACCCGGAGCUCCGGAAGCGUGCAUGCCGCCAUCUUAGCUGCGGGCCGACGCCGCGCGGCCGCCAUCGUCAGAGCGGGCAGCGGUCGAACGGCGGCGGCGCGAGGCACGCCGGGAGCUCCGGAAGCGUGCAUGCCGCCAUCUUCUCUGCGGGCAGACGCCAGUCGUCCGCCAUGGCGGGAGCGGGCAUGGCGGAGGGUGGCGAGCGAGCCCCGCCGAGCCCCAGCGCGGCCAAGGCGGAGGGCGGCGAGAGGGCCCCGCCGUGUCCGGGGCCGGCCGGGGCCCUGCGGCUCUGGGAGCAGCUGCGGCGGCGGACGGCGGCGCCCUGGGCACGCGGGAUGCUGGCCGUGGCCGCCGUGCUCGGGCUCUGCUGCCUGGCGCUGCGGGGGCCGCUGCGGCUGCGGGACGGGGCGGCGGCCGUGACCGUUUUCUUAAGCACUUUGACUCCCAAAUUCUACUUCGCCCUGACGGUGACUUCAUCUUUCAUAUCUGGGCUGAUAUUUGUUUUUGAGUGGUGGCAUUUCCGCAAAUAUGGCACGUCCUUCAUCGAGCAGGUUUCCGUGAGCCACCUGAGGCCCCUUAUUGGUGGUGUGGAAAACAGCCCCCCAGCUCCUGUGGCCUUCUUGGCCGGAGAGAAUGAGCCAAGCAGGCAGAACAUGCCAGAGUGCAAAGUGUGGCGAAAUCCUCUCAACCUUUUCAGAGGGGCAGAGUACAGCAGAUACAUGUGGGUGACUGGAAAGGAGCCGCUGACAUACUAUGACAUGAAUUUGUCUGCUCAGGAUCAUCAGAACUUCUUCACGUGCGACACUGACUCCCUUCGGCCAUCGGAUACAGUGAUGCAGAAAGCGUGGCGAGAGAGAAACCCUCAAGCCCGGAUUAAAGCAGCGCACCAAGCUCUGGAGCUGAACAACGACUGUGCCACUGCGUACGUCCUGCUGGCUGAGGAAGAGGCAACGACUAUUGUCGAUGCCGAGAAGUACUUCAAGCAGGCUCUGAAAGCAGGAGAAAUGAUCUACAGGAGAUCCCAGAACUGCCAUUCCCAGAGUCCCCAGCACGAAGCACAGCUGAGAAGAGACACCAAUGUGUUGGUAUACGUGAAAAGAAGAUUGGCCAUGUGUGCGAGAAAGCUGGGAAGAAUAAGAGAAGCAGUAAAAAUGAUGAGAGAUUUGAUGAAAGAGUUUCCGCUUCUCAGCAUGCUGAAUAUUCAUGAGAACCUCCUGGAGGCACUGCUGGAGCUACAGGCAUACGCAGACGUCCAGGCUGUUUUAGCAAAGUAUGAUGAUAUCAGUCUUCCAAAGUCAGCAGCGAUUUGUUACACAGCUGCCCUGCUGAAAGCCAGAGCUGUUUCAGAGAGGUUCUCACCAGAAACUGCUUCCAAAAGAGGGCUCAGUACAGCAGAAAUUAAUGCUGUGGAAGCAAUUCACAGAGCUGUGGAAUUUAACCCUCACGUUCCAAAGUAUUUGCUAGAGAUGAAAAGCUUAGUGCUGCCUCCAGAGCAUAUUCUGAAGCGAGGGGACAGUGAGGCAGUGGCAUACGCAUUUUUUCACCUCCAGCACUGGAAGAGGAUAGAAGGGGCUCUGAACCUCCUGCAUUGCACCUGGGAAGGCACCUUUCGAAUGAUCCCGUACCCGCUAGAGAAAGGCCAUCUUUUCUAUCCCUAUCCGAGCUGCACAGAAACAGCAGACAGAGAACUGCUGCCAACAUUUCAUGAAGUCUCCGUUUACCCACAGAAGGAGCUUCCCUUCUUCAUCCACUUCACAGCAGGCCUUUGCUCCUUUUCGGCCAUGCUGGCCCUCCUCACACACCAGUUCCCCGAGCUGAUGGUUGUCUUUGCGAAAGCUGUGCUGCGGGUGCUGUGGCCGGUGAGUGCUCCCAGCGUCCUGGCCUCCAGCUGAGCGGACUGCGCCAGGCAGCACAGGGUGCUUUGGGACUCUUCAGCUUCGUUAUGGGAAAUGUUGAGGUUCUCCUGCUGUCCAGCCUCUGGCAUCAGCCACUCCAGUGUGACUGGAGUGUGUGUUCCCUGCAGGUUUGGUUCCGUUGUUGUACAAGCCUCAUCCUGGCAGUUUAGCUAACCCCUGCACCUAAGGGUGAGGGAGGAAGAAAGCUGUGCUUCUCAAACUGGUGUCUUUGAUGGGCUUCCAUGUUGGUAAUGGUGUUUGACCUGUGAAUUUCUUCUUUGGCCUUAGUCUGUAGUCAUCUAAGAAAAGAGCUUUUGUUGGGCGAUACCUUAAUGCUCCCUAAAUCACUUGUACAACUGGAAGCCGAUACUCCCUCUGUAAGAAGGGAGAGGACACAAACUGGGCAGAUGUUUUGGAGUAUCAGCAUGUCCUUCUCAACUGCAGAUGCACCAGAUAAUUGGCUUAGAUUGAAUUUUAUAAGCCUUUUUCGAAGUACUUGUUAACAGCGCAGUAUGGUUCUGCUUUCUUUAUUAAAAGGUUUCUUCUUAACACAUGGGAUUUGUUGACUUCUUAAUCAUCUCUUUAAUACAGAUUAUUGCGUGCAAGCAGAGACGUGUUUUUUCUGUAUUCUUUAAGCUUGUGUUAUGCAAGGAAAUCAUAGAACCAUAGAAUGGUUUGGGUUUGAAGGUACCUUAAAGAUCAUCCAGUUCCAAAUCCCUGCAUCUCUUGUCUUGCAAAUGGCUUUGCUUAGGAGAACAGGAUGGCUUUUGAAACUGCUAGAAGUGAUGGUGAUAGCUGCACGGGAGUCUUUUUGAGGGGCCUGAAGUUUCAGGUGUUGGUUCAAAGCACUGUCAUUGUUGAUAUCAAGACGUAAAGAGAAAUGAGAUGUGGAGUGCUCUUCAGAGGAAUUGAGUCACGUACAGACCGACCGCAAAGGUUUGUUUACUGCGGAGGUGGUAGGAUGGCUGUGGCAGGCAAGUGGUGUGAGGUAUUUGGUGUGACCUCCAUUUCCACUCGCCCCCGUUAGAGGAAACGCCUGCAUUUCCACACUCAGGUCUGCUGCUUGGUAUGGAGGAGGCAGAGUCAUGUUAGCCAAGGCUUCUUGAGAUAAAAAUAACACAGGUUUGUGGGUCAGUGCUAAUUCUGAGCCCAUGAAAAGUUGUCUCUCAUCUUACACUGUAUGGAUAAACACACACGCUUACCCGUAACCGCGAGGGGGAUUUGACACAUUCAGUCUUUACUGAUCUUUAUGAAGGAUCGCUGUAAGCUGUGACAUUGAUGACAUCUUUCAGAGGUGGUGUGAAUUGUUGGGAUUGUUCAGCCUGGAGAAGAGAAGGCUCUGGGGAGACCUUAGAGCAGCUUCCAGUACUCAAAGGUGCUUCAGGAAAGCUGGAAAGGGGCUUUUUACCAAGGCAUGGAGUGAUAGGAUGAGGAGAAAUGGCUUUAAAUUGGAAGGGGGAAGAUUAGAUUAAACAUUAGGUGGAAUGAGGGUGAGGAGGCACUGGACCCGGCUGCCCAAAGAAGUGGUGGCUGCUCCAUCCCUGGAAGCAUUCAAGGCCAGACUGGAUGGGGCUUUGAGCCCCUGAUCCAGUGGGAGGUGUUGGUGGAACUGGAUGGGCUUUCAGGUCCCUUCCAGCCCAAACCAUUCUAUGAUUCUGGUUUCUGAAUCCUGGAUGGAGGAAGCCAGCUGUAGGCUGCUCUGUUUUCCAAAAUAGCACCCAACUUCAUCAGUCACGGCUCACUUUGAAUUGCCUUGUAAUCUUGUCUUGACGCAGAAGAUUGUUUUGUUGUGGGUUUUUAUAUUUUCUCAAUCCUUUUGUACCUUAUAAACAAAGCCCUGUGAAGUGGGACAGCCACCUAUGCAUUUAUUUCAGGCUCGCUGAGAGGGAACACAGGUGUUGAGGUAGGAAUGCCAUCCUUGCUCUCUGCUGGGCUGGAAUCCAAGCUAAAUACCUGAAUUCAUGGAGGAGUCCAGCGAGGAGCCCUACAGAAAGGCACCACCAAAUCUUUCUGAGUUGCCUAACUCCUAGUAGGUAAUUUUCUCAGCUUUCUCUCCAGUUGAAUGCGCACCCUUGGGGCUGCGGAAUCGCUGUGAUAUCACGGUGGUGAUUAAUAGAUCUGUUGUGUUCAUGUAAUUCCACUUCUUGCUCCGCAGGGGCCCAUAAGGUAACCCCCCUAAUGCUUUUUAAAGGUGAACAUUCUCCAGCGGUUGUGCGGGGUUAUAAAUGAAGCGCUGCCUCCCAUGUAUCAUCCCAUGAGCUGCUUUCUCUCACUGUCCUCCCCUGACAGGACAGCAACAGAAAGGGGAUGGGCUUGUGCUCUAGGGUAUAGCUGGCAGCAGGCGCUGUAAUGGAAACCUUCCUGUCUCUAGAAGGGCCAGGAGUUCCUGAGGAAGAAGUUCUCGGUGUGAUUGCCUAGCAGGAUUGUUUCUGCUUCCAGGGGAGUUCAUUUGCCACUGAAGAGCAGGGACUGUCCCCCAGAUCCACAUUAUAGUAAUGCUGAUGCAGUCCACGUGCAGUUAAGUUGUGUGUGUGUGUUCAUUAGAGAAAAAGACAGUUAUGACACGGGGCAGAUGAGCACUCAUCAUUGUCAUUUCCCUGAAACACAGAAUCAUUCAGGUUGGAAAAGACGUUUUAAGAUUUACUGUGAGGGUGGUGAGGCCCUGGCCCAGGUUGCCCAGAGCAGCAGUGGCAUCCCAUCCCUGGAGGGGUUCCAGGCCAGGUGGGAUGGGGCUUGGAGCCUCUGAUCCAGUGGGAGGUGUCCCUGCCCAUGGCAGGGGGUGAAACUGGAUGAGCUUUGAGGUUACUUCCAUCCCGCCCCAUUCCAUGGUUCUGCCAUCAUCCAGUCUAACCGUAAACCUUAUACUGCCAACUCCACCACUAAACCCUGUCCUUAACUAACAGGAACUCGGGUGACCUUAGAGCCACAGGGAUGGCAAAAAUCCUCUCC